AGCUAGCUCCUUUAGCUAAUCGGCUAGCCGCUGCCUUCUGCCGCUCCGGUCUGCCGCACCGCGGACUCUCGACCCUCGGACGCCCCCGGGCCUGAUCCGCGCAGUUUGACCGUCGGUAACUGACGCCAGUGGUUUGUCAUGAUAGACGCUGAGUGAACGGUCCGGUAUUUUUAAUUCAAAACAGUGGUUUUCCAACCGAUUUGGCGGGACCUGAUCGGGUGAACAAUACGAGCUAACGCUAACGCAGCUAAACACAGGCCAGUCUAUUUCUUCGGUAGCUAACACAGCUAGCUUAGCGAGCUACCGCGGCUGCCAUGGAAGACAAGUCCUUCACGAAAGAGUUAGAUCAGUGGAUCGAACAGCUAAACGAGUGCAAGCAGCUAACGGAGAACCAGGUCCGGACGCUCUGUGAGAAGGCCAAGGAGAUCCUGACCAAGGAGUCCAAUGUGCAGGAGGUGCGAUGCCCAGUCACAGUGUGCGGAGACGUCCACGGUCAGUUCCACGACCUGAUGGAGCUGUUUAAGAUCGGAGGGAAGUCCCCCGACACCAACUACCUGUUCAUGGGAGACUACGUGGACAGAGGGUACUACUCUGUGGAGACCGUCACACUGCUGGUCACACUAAAGGUCCGGUUCCAGGAGCGGAUCACCAUCCUGCGGGGGAACCACGAGUCGCGGCAGAUCACGCAGGUCUACGGCUUCUACGACGAGUGCCUGAGGAAGUACGGCAACGCCAACGUGUGGAAGUACUUCACAGACCUGUUCGACUACCUGCCGCUGACUGCACUGGUGGAUGGACAGAUCUUCUGUCUGCAUGGAGGACUGUCCCCGUCCAUAGACACCCUGGACCACAUACGAGCCCUGGACCGCCUGCAGGAAGUCCCACAUGAGGGUCCCAUGUGCGACCUGCUGUGGUCGGAUCCUGACGACCGCGGUGGGUGGGGCAUCUCACCUCGGGGGGCGGGCUACACCUUCGGACAGGACAUCUCGGAAACCUUCAACCACGCCAACGGCCUCACCCUGGUGUCCCGCGCACACCAGCUCGUCAUGGAGGGUUACAACUGGGGCCACGAUAAGAACGUGGUGACCAUCUUCAGUGCACCCAACUACUGCUACCGCUGCGGAAACCAGGCGGCCAUCAUGGAACUGGACGACACCCUCAAAUACUCGUUCCUUCAGUUUGACCCCGCCCCCCGCCGCGGCGAGCCCCAUGUGACCAGACGCACUCCUGACUACUUCCUGUGAAUGUCCAAAGCCUCCCCUGUCAAUCACCUACAGAGCUCCGCCCCCUGCCCUCCCACCUUCAUUCUUUCAGGCGGAAAGGCGGAAACUAGAACCGAGGAUUGGCCCGUCAGCGCAGAGCUCCGCCCCCUUCAGCUGUCCGUCAUUAACGCUGUGCUUCUGGAAACCCCGCCUCCCUGUGUUUCUGUUGUUUUUCUGUUUCUGUUUGAACCAUGAAUAAAACUUCCACCGUGGACCAAAUGUGCCAUAAUCGGAUCCUUUUCCUCCAUCUGCUCCUCCUCCUCCUUCUGUUGGACUCCUCCUUUCUUCUCCUCCUCCCCUCUCUCUCUCUCUCUCUCUCUCACGGCGUCUGUGCUUCUUUCUUUCUGUUGUGAAUGAGUCGAGUGCGUGUGCUUGGCCGUAGCUGUGCGUUGUGUUCAGGUGCGCUCGGUCGUCUCCACUCUGAUCGCUGUCAUUGAAUCCAAACCAGACGACCAAUCAAUAAAAUGUCCUGUUGACAAACCA